AUGAUUGUAUUUUCCCUUGUUGUUGUAUGUUGGAAUUCUGUUUUUUUCUUUUUUUUCUUUCCAUCUCAUCCUGCUGCAGCGCGUCUAAAGAAGUACAAAAUAAAACGAGAAAGGUUCUUUUACUAUGCAAAUGCGGAAGAUUUACUCAGAAAUUUCAGAAACUUACGCGAUGAGCAUGAUGAGUCUGUACAUUCUUGUUCACUUGCAGCUGCUGGUAAUUUCCCAAUUCAUACAAUGGCAGUUUCACGUCCAUGCACAUUCCGUUGCGCAGACACUUCACUAGUUCUCAGUUGCUUCCAUGUUCAUUCGUUUGUUCCCCUUUUCGCUCAUGUUAAGCAACCUCCAUCCCACCGCUAUGAAAAAUUUUAUGCACAUAUGUGGUCAUGCCCUGGGAACAAGUAUCAUGCAUCUUUUAAGCGCCAAGCAUAUUUGUGGUCUGCUCUCGAAUAUGGCAUCGUAAGUUAA